ACGAAGCCGGAUAAACUUCCGGCCCUCGCUGCAAAGUUGGUCUGGUGUCCAGGCUGGGUUUAGCUAAGCUGCGAGUGCAGUUUGGCUUGGGCUCUGAGCGACUGUCGUCGCAGCGAAUGGCUAGGGACCUGAUCGGGCCGGCUCUGCCGCCAGGCUUCAAGGAGCACGCGACAGUUGAGGACGAGGAGCGGGACCUGAGCCCGGUUGCAGGCCCAGCUUUGCCCCCUAAUUACAGAAGCAGCAGUUCCGACUCCUCAGACAGCCACGAGGACAGUAGUUCUUUGUCUGAAGAAGGAAAUCAAGAGUCUGAAGAUGACACUGGUCCAACUGCAAGAAAGCAGAGGAGAAACCAAGAUAGAGAUGAUGACGAUGAUGGGUUUUUUGGUCCAGCCCUUCCUCCUGGGUUUAAGAAGCAGGAUGACUCUCCUCCACGGCCUAUGAUAGGUCCUGCAUUGCCACCUGGUUUCAUUAAGUCUUCACAGAAAAGUGACAAAGGCCGAGAGGCUCAAGGACAGGUGUCAUCAUUCUUCAACUCGGAGGAAGCAGAGAGCAGCGAAGAUGAGGGUAUUGUUGGACCAAUGCCUGCGAAAGGACCGGUUAACUAUAGCAUAACCACAGAGUUUGAAAAAAGGGCCCAGAGAAUGAAGGAAAAGUUGACCAAAGGAGGUGAUGAUUCAUCUAAACCAAUCACAAGAGAGUCGUGGAUGACUGAGCUUCCUCCAGAAAUGAAAGACUUUGGCCUUGGGCCAAGAACCUUUAAGAGAAGAGCUGAUGACAAAUCUGGAGACCGGUCUGUCUGGACAGACACUCCAGCCGACCGGGAAAGGAAAGCUAAGGAAAUACAAGAAGCAAGGAAGUCAUUCAGUAAGAAAGACGAAGAGAACAUCUUGUCAGGAAGGGAUAAGAGAUUGGCUGAGCAAGUAUCUUCAUACAAUGAAUCAAAAAGAUCAGAAUCCCUCAUGGACAUUCAUCAUAAGAGGUUAAAGACUAAAGCUGCUGAAGAUAAAAACAGGCACCAAGAGAGAAUACCAUUUGACCGGGAUAAAGACCUCAAGGUUAACCGCUUUGAUGAGGCUCAGAAGAAAGCCCUAAUAAAGAAAUCCCACGAACUGAACACCCGGUUUUCACACGGCAAAGGGAACAUGUUUUUAUAAGGAAGUGUGCUUCAAUGAGCGCGCCAUCCCGAUGGGCCUGAGCCCUCAGAAGAUCCCUGGUCUAUAGUAAUUAUGUGCACAAAUACAUUUCCUUUUGUAAUAAAGAAGAUUCAGCAUCUGCAUUUUCAUAAAUUGUAACUAUUGGAAAGUUGGAGGGGAAAUGUGGCUUAUUGGGAAAAAAUAGCUUUGUCUUCACAAUAGCCAAACAGGACAUUGCUUAUUAAAAAAGCUAAGGGUUCCAAUGAAGAGAGAAGGUGCAUCACAGACUGUGGCGUGCAGCCUGAGUGGUCAUGCAAUCCACUGGAAAACAAAGAUCUUUCUC